UUUUAUAAAUCACAAACGGAUGAACACAGAGGUGAAAAUACCUCCUGAAGGUCACACAGCUAAUAAAUGAUAGACCCAGGCAGCCUCCAAAGCUGUACAAAUAGCUCUUGGGCUAUAAUGUCUUCUUGCAUAAAUUAACAGCAUUUAAUAAGCACUUACAGAAUGAGAUGCAAGGUGUUUUUUUUUUUUUUUUGAGACAGGGUCUUGCCAUGCAUUUCAGGGUGUCCUUGAACUCACUAGGCAGCCCAGGCUGGCCUCGAACUCAGGCCAACCCACCUGUCUCAGUGCUGGCUGGGAUUAUAGGUGUGCAUCACCACACUCAGCUUGCAAAUUUUGUUUUGAAACCACUCAGGUUUCACGGAGAACUAUCAGUGCCCGAUGGCACGAGAUUCUAACACUUAAAGGCAUUCCUAAUGUUGGUCUAACAGGGCCCAUCCUGUGGAUAAAAUCCAAAGAGAAAGAUGUCAGCAUGUUUAGUGCUGUGCUGAAAAAACCUGACCUAUCGGAUCUUUGUCAAAAUAAAAACGUGGCAGUUUCCUUGGGGAGGUGCUAGGUGAGUACGGACCUUUGCUUGAAACUCACGUGACCCGUGACGACUUUCUUCCUUUAAGACAGAUCGAAGGACCGUCAGGCGUGUGGAAAGCCUGUGGGUGGGCUGAGGGAGGUGGGGGCACUGACACCGCAUAUGACUGGAGUGGAUUUUGUUUUUGUUUUAAAGGUUUCAACUUUUAUGGCUUUAAAGUCUCCAUAAAUUGCCCAGCCUGCCUGCCUAGCCUCCACGAGUGCUAGCAGGUGUGCGCCACCACGCCUAGCUAACAGGAAUGUUUACUUUGGAACUUCUGCAUUAAACCAACCUACUGGUCUGUAAUAGAUCACUUUGUCUUCAUUACUUCCCCGGCACGUCUGCUUCAGGAACAACACUCAACGUACGUGAGUUCAAGUAGGCACAGUUUCCAUUUAGAAUAGAACAACCACCGGAAGGUGAUCAGGAACAGUGUUUCCUGCCCAGACGCUUCCACUUGGUCUCUUCGUAGCCCAGUUCCUGCCGCUGCAAUCGCGCCUGGCCAGCGCAGCUCCGCGGAGGCAUGAAUACAGCAGCGCGGGUCCUCUGAGGUCCCUCCCUGCCCAUGAACGACCGACACGGCCAAGUUCUGCACUACGGCCCUCGCGAGCGCAGUGCGGAUUAAAAUACGCAGUUUCAACAACGCAGUGAGGGUUCGCAGGGGCACCCCGGCUCCAGGCGGCUGUCACCCAGGGUCGCCGCGGGGCCAAGCGUUCUUCCGGCAACAAGUCCCGCGGCGCGGCCAAGUCCAGCUGGCUACGUGGAGCACGACGCCCGCCCGCCCGCCCGCGGCCCCCUCGGUCCUCCGCGAUCCCGACCUCCUUUGCGCCGCUGACAGGUCCGACCGCUUCGCAGGGCGCUUCUAGCCCACCGCAGCGCGUCUCUAUGAUCUGCGGCCGCUUUUCACGUAGGUGUCAUGGCGGCGAGCGUUGAGUAGGCAGGGACAGCCCUCGGAGCGGCGGAACUGCGGAAAGUCACUGAAGCCUAGGAGAAGUGGCCAGCCGCGGGGCGGGAGGUCGUGAGGAUGAGCACAGGCCCCGCGCCCGUGACUGCAGCGCUGGAGACGAGACGCGGGUAGAGCGCCGGGUCGGGCCUCGACGGUGCGAUUCCAAGCCGGAGCUCGGGGACGAGGACUCGGUCCGCAGCGGCCCAGAGCGGUCGGCAGGGUGAUCCGGCCGCGCUGGGCGCUCUUCUCCGAGCUGACUGACUGGGUGGUUCUCGAAACCCGCAGCGAUGUCGUCGUGGCUCGGGGGCUUCGGCUCCGGCUUGGGCCAGUCGCUGGGUCAAGUGGGGGGCAGCCUGGCUUCCAUCACGGGCCAGAUCUCCAACUUCACCAAGGAUAUGCUGAUGGAGGGCACGGAGGAAGCGGAAGAUUUGUCUAAUUCUGGAAGAAAGGAAAUUGAAGCCAUCUAUGCAGUCUUAAAAUCAGAGAAUGAAAGACUUAAAAAAUUCUGUAAUGAUUUAGAAGAGAAGCAUGAAGCAGCAGAGCUUCAAAUAAAGCAGCAGUCUACCAGCUACCGAAGUCAAUUGCAACAGAAAGAGGUAGAAAUCAGCCAUCUUAAAGCAAGACAGAGCGCUCUCCAGGAUGAGCUGCUGAAGCUGCAGCCAGCUGCUCAGGCUGUGCCUGCAGGGGCUGCCGGUGCCCCAGCACCCACUGUGUCAUCUUCCGUCCCCUAUGGGAUCCAUCCUGGGGCUUCAGCUGGCUAUGAUGAUGACAUGGACUUUGGAGACCUGCUUUCCUCACAACAGGAAAUAAACAGAUUGUCCAGUGAAGUCUCAAGACUUCAGUCUGAGGUUGGCCACUGGAGGCGUAUUGCCCAGACACAGGGAACAUAUAGCUCUGAUCAAAGUGAAAUCUGCAAACUACAAAAUAUCAUUAAGGUAAGUCAGAUUUUGAUUGCCAGUGGUGGCUCAGGAGUCACAGUCACUGACAGCUCUAAGAUGUCUGAAAUGCAGAAAACCAUUCAGGUUCUACAAACUGAAAAAGUGGAAUCUAUAAAAGAAAUUGAAGGACUUGAAAAUAAAAUAAAAGAUAUAAAUAAAAAAUUAUCUUCUGCAGAAAAUGACAGAGACAUUUUGAGGCGAGAACAAGAACAGCUAAAUAUGGAAAAGAGACAAAUAAUUGCACAGUGUGAAAGCUUGAAACUGGAAUUGAAGACUUUUGCUAUGAAGCAAAGCGGUAGUGUGACAGAGAUGGAAAGCGUCUUUCCGCAGUGCUCCUCUGAGGAAGAAGUACUUAGGCCACAACCAGCCCUGUCUGAUGCUGAAAAUGAAAUAAUGAAACUCAGUAGUUUGAACCAGGAUAGCAAUCUUGCUGAAGAAAAUAGGAAACUGAGAAUGCGUGUUGAGGUCUUAGAAACAGAAAAGUCAUCAUUGAAUCAAGAAAAGGAAGAGCUUCAGUUAUCAUUCUCAAAACUGAGCAAUGAAUAUGAAGCAAUUAAAAGUACAGCUGUGAAGGACAUGAAUUUGGAUUCAGAAUUACAGAACUUACGGCUGAUGUUGGAGACAAAGGAACAGGAGCUGAAUGAGAGUAUCGGUGAAAAGGAAGUUCUGGUAGCUGAGUUAGAAGAAUUAGACAAACAGAACCAAGAAGCUACAAAGCACGUGAUUUUGAUAAAAGAUCAACUAUCAAAACAACAAAGUGAAGGAGAUGGCAUCGUAAAGAAGCUGAAACAAGAGCUCGAUGAUGAAAUGAAGAGAGCUCAGCGGCUAGAAGAUGACCGAGUAAACCUGCUUCAAGAGUUAGGCCUGCAGAAAGAAAAGUUAACUCAAAAUGAACUGGUUCUAAGGGAUUUGCAUGGAACCAAGAAAAAGCUUGAAGAUGAAGUAGCAGAUUUAGUAGAUCAGCUAAGCAAAACGCAGAAAAACAAUUUAAAUAUCCAGAAGGAGAAUGUUCAACUCAAGGAACGUAUAAGACACAAUGAGGAGGAGCUAUCUAGAGUCAGGAGUGAGUUAACUCAGUCUCUUAAUCAAGCCUCCGACAGUCAUUUCAAGGAUGACUUACUUAAAGAAAGGGAAGAUGAAGUUAAAAACUUAAAUCAAAAUCUUUCAGAAAUAAAACAGCUCAAUGAAAAUUUGAAGAAAGUUGUUUUUGAUCUCAAAGUGGAAAAAGAAAAGUUGGUUUUGGAAUGUGAAGAUGUCAGGCAUCAGUUGGCGGAAUCUAUUGCUAGUAAUAAACAGAUUUCUCAGGAGAGAAACAUUGUUGUAGAGACUCUAAAAAGGGAAAAAGAACAGACAGAAGCAGAAAGGGGUUUUUUGGAAGAAGCAAAGAAGUACAGAACCACUGAGGACUUGUCAAAUGCAAGCACCUCUGCCUUACAGUUGGAGCAUGAACAUUUACUUAAACUUAGUCAAGAGAAAGACUUUGAAAUAGCAGGACUUAAAAAGAAUAUUGAGCAAAUGGCUAGUGAUUAUAAAGAAAAUAAGGAGUUUUUGUCAUCUAGUUUAGAAAAGCAGAAGCACCUAACACAAGCCAUAAAUGAAAAAGAUAUUUGUAUUGAUAAACUUAAAGCAGAGAGUUCUAAGCUGCAGGAGGAACUGGAUAAAUGUUCUCAAGCCUUAAGAAAAAAUGAGAUUUUAAGGCAGACCAUAGAGGAAAAAGAUAGAAGCCUUGGAUCUAUGAAAGAAGAAAAUAAUCAUCUGCAAGAAGAACUGGAGCGACUCAAGGAGCAGCAGAGCCGAGCUCUGCCUGUGGCUGAGCCUAAGACUCUGGAAAGUGUCACAGAACUAGAGUGUGAGGUGUCUCACCUGAAUAUAAUCAAAGACCACCUGGAAGAGGAAAUCAAACAUCAUCUAAAGAUAAUUGAAGACCAAAACCAGAGUAAGAUGCAGCUACUUCAGUCUCUGCAGGAGCAGAAGAAGGAAAUGGACGAGUUCAGGUACCAGCAUGAGCAGAUGAGCGUUGCACACACCCAGCUUUUUUUAGAGAAAGAUGAAGAAAUUAAGAACUUACAAAAAACAGUUGAGCAAGUAAAAUCCCAGUUACAUAAAGAAAGACAGGAGGAUAUUCAAACAGAGAAUUCUGAUAUUUUUCAAGAUACUAAAGUUCAGAGUCUUAACAUAGAAAACGGAAGUGAAAAGCAUGACUUAUCUAAAGCUGAAACAGAGAGAUUAGUGAAAGGAAUAAAGGAGCGAGAGCUGGAGAUUAAACUUCUAAAUGAAAAGAAUAUAUCUUUAACUAAGCAGAUUGAUCAGCUCUCCAAAGAUGAGGUUGGUAAACUCACUCAGAUUAUCCAGCAGAAAGACUUGGAGAUACAAGCUCUUCGUGCUAGAACUGCUUCAGCGGCCUAUGCCCAGGAUAUUGUUUAUCUUCAACAGCAGCUGCAGGCCUACGACGUGGAAAAGGGAAAACUGUUUGCUGUUUUAGAUGAAAAGACCAGGGAAAAUAGCCAUCUAAAAACUGAAUAUCACAAAAUGAUAGAUAUCAUUGCUGCCAAAGAAGCAGCUCUCAUUAAAUUACAAGAUGAAAAUAAGAAACUGUCCAUGAGAUUUGAAAGCAGCGGCCAAGAUAUGUUUAGAGAAACUGUUCAGAAUUUGUCUCGUAUCAUUCGAGAAAAAGACAUCGAAAUAGAUGCUCUAAGCCAGAAAUGUCAGACUUUAUUGGCAGUUUUACAGACCUCCAGCACUGGUAACGAGGGAGGUGUUAAUAGCAACCAGUUUGAAGAGCUCCUGCAGGAACGUGAUAAGCUAAAACAGCAAGUGAAGAAAAUGGAAGAAUGGAAGCAGCAGGUGAUGACCACGGUGCAGAACAUGCAGCAUGAGUCAGCCCAACUUCAAGAAGAGCUUCACCAGCUUCAGGCACAAGUUUUGAUUGACAGUGAUAAUAACUCUAAGUUACAAGGAGACUACACUGGCCUGAUCCAGAGUUAUGAGCAGAAUGAAACCAAACUCAAAAAUUUUGGGCAGGAAUUAGCUCAAGUUCAGCACAGCAUAGGUCAGCUCUGCAAUACAAAGGAUCUUCUUCUAGGAAAGCUUGAUAGCAUUUCACCCCAUCUCUCUUCUAGCUUACUUAGAGCAGGUCCGACUGCUCUGUCAAGUGAUUCUUCUCAGUUGCUUCAACUAGAGAUAGAAACAUUAAGAAAAUCACUGCAGGAAAAAGAUGUAACGAUUAGAACUCUCCAGGAAAAUAAUCACAGGUUGUCCGAUUCACUUGUAGCUACCUCAGAGCAAGAAAGGAAAGAAUACAAACAAAGUGACUCAGAAGUUAAGCAGCUAAAAGAGAAACAAGAAGUUUUGCAGAACUUACUCAAAGAAAAAGAUCUCUUAAUCAAAGCCAAAAGUGAUCAGUUACUUUCUUCAAAUGAAAAUUUCACUAACAAAGUGAAUGAAAAUGAGCUUUUGAGGCAGGCGGUAACAAACCUGAAGGAAAGAGUAUUAAUUUUAGAAAUGGAAAUUACUAAACUAAAAGUGGAAAAUGAAAAAAUAGUAGAAACAUCCAGGGCAAAAGAAACUGAAUACCACGCAUUACAAGAGACUAACAUGAAGUUUUCUAUGAUGCUUCGAGAAAAAGAAUUUGAAUGCCAUUCAAUGAAGGAGAAGGCUAUUGCUUUUGAGCAGCUGUUGAAGGAGAAAGAACAGGGCAAGACUGGGGAGCUAAAUCAGCUUUUAAAUACAGUGAAAGGAAUGCAAGAGAAGACAGUUACAUUUCAGCUGGAGAGAGACCAAGUCACACUGUCCCUGAAACAGAAGCAAAUGGAGAACAAUGCCCUACAGAAUGAGGUUCAACACUUGCGUGACAAAGAAUUACGGUUAAACCAGGAGCUAGAGAGAUUGCGUAACCAUCUUUUAGAAUCAGAAGAUUCUUACACCCGGGAAGCUUUGGCUGCAGAAGACAGAGAGGCCAAACUAAGAAAGAAAGUCACAGUACUAGAGGAAAAGCUAGUCUCCUCCUCCAGUGCAAUGGAAAAUGCAAGUCAUCAAGCCAGUGUGCAGGUGGAGUCAUUGCAGGAGCAGCUGAACAUGGUCUCAAAGCAGAGGGAUGAAACUGCCCUGCAGCUGUCUAUGUCUCAGGAACAAGUAAAGCAGUAUGCCAUGUCGUUAGCCAACCUCCAGAUGGUUCUAGAGCACUUCCAGCAGGAGGAAAAAGCUAUGUAUUCUGCUGAAUUAGAAAAGCAAAAACAGGUUAUAGCUGAAUGGAAGAAAAAGGCAGAAAAUCUGGAAAGAAAGAUGUCAUCUUUACAGGAACACUUGGAUGAAGCAAAUGCUGCUUUGGAUUCAGCAUCAAGACUUACCGAACAGUUGGAUCUAAAGGAAGAGCAGAUUGAAGAACUUAAAAAACAAAACCAGCUCCGACAAGAAAUGUUGGACGAUGCCCAAAAGAAAUUGAUGGACUUAGUAAACAGCACAGAAGGAAAAGUGGACAAAGUCCUUAUGAGAAAUCUCUUCGUUGGUCAUUUCCACACACCAAAAAACCAGCGUCAUGAAGUGUUGCGAUUGAUGGGAAGCAUUCUGGGAAUCAAGAGGGAGGAGAUGGAGCAGUUGCUUAAUGAAGAUCAGGGAGGUGUCACUAGGUGGAUGACGGGGUGGCUUGGAGGAUCAAAAAGUGUUCCCAGCACACCACUGAGACCAAAUCAGCAAUCUGUACUCAAUAGCUCUUUUUCAGAACUUUUUGUUAAAUUUCUAGAAACGGAAUCUCAUCCUUCUGUCCCGCCACCAAAGCUUUCUGUUCAUGAUAUGAAGCCUCUAAGUUCACCAAGACAGAGAGAACUAAAUACAAAUGUAUCAGAAGCCUCAAAAGAUACAACAGAACCCAGGGCUGGCAGAAGAACAGAUACGAGUGCAUUCUUGGCCCCGCGCUCUGCGGCUGUGCCUCUCAUUAACCCGGCUGGACUUGGGCCUGGUGGACCCGGGCAUCUGCUCUUGAAGCCCAUCUCAGAUGUUCUGCCCACGUUUACACCUUUGCCAGUGUCUCCUGACAACAGCGCUGGAGUUGUGCUGAAAGACCUUUUAAAGCAAUAGGUGAUUCUCAUGCCAAUAAUGUUAAGCACUUUAAGAAACCAUCAGCACUACAUGUGUACACUUUAUCACAAGUGGCCUUUUGGAAGAAGUCAUGCAUUUGUUUGCAGUUCUGAUUUCCCUAAAUUUAAUAAAAUUAUUCUUAGUUCUUACAGAAAUUUCAGGUGUCAGAAGCGAAGUGUUUGCUAUAUAACCUGCUUUUUCUUCUCUGAUUUAUUGUAAUUUAUACUGGAAACAUUUUAUUUAUCUUUACUUUCGUUGGAAAAA